UCGUCUCGUCAUUUUCACCCUUGAGACUUCAAGAGAAGCGUUUUGCAGCUGAUAACAAGCACUUCUAGUUCUUAUCACUAGGUGGCAGCAGGAAAAUAACAAGUGGCGUAAGCGUCGAAUCAGACCAAUGAAUUCAAAAGAGCUUAAAAUCUCGUGCACACAACCCGGUGUUACCGGACAGGAACAGGACGAAAUGGAACGUGAGCUGGCUGAAGAUGCCGCCUGGAAAAGAAUUCAACAAAAUACCUUUACCAGGUGGGCUAAUGAACAUCUCAAAACAGUCAACAAGGCCAUCGGGAACUUGGAAACUGAUCUGUCUGAUGGACUACGGCUAAUAGCCUUAGUCGAGGUACUGUCUGGAAAAAAACUGCCCAGGUACAACAAGCGACCAACCUUUAGGUCCCAAAAGCUGGAAAACGUAUCUGUGUCUCUCCUGUUUCUUCAAAACGACGAAGGAAUUAAGAUAGUUAACAUAGAUAGUACAGAUAUUGUGGACUGUAAGCUAAAGCUGAUCCUAGGACUGAUAUGGACUCUAAUCUUGCACUACUCCAUCUCCAUGCCCAUGUGGGAGGGUGAGGAUGCAGAUGUGCUCCUGGGAGAGAAAGGUGGACCCACCCCUAAACAGAGACUUCUUGGAUGGAUUCAGAGCAAACUUGUGGAUCUGCCGGUACAGAAUUUUACAUCCGACUGGAAAGAUGGCAUUGCAGUCGGAGCUUUAGUGGAUGCUGUGGCUCCAGGUCUGUGUCCUGAUUGGCCUGAUUGGAGUUCCAAAAAUGCUUUGAACAAUGCUAGUGAAGCUAUGAAUCUUGCUGAUGAUUGGUUAGGUGUUCCACAGUUAAUCACACCAGAAGAGAUAGUAAACCCCAAUAUAGAUGAACUUUCGAUGAUGACUUACCUUUCUCAGUAUCCCAAUGCCAAACUGAAACCAGGGGCACCUCUCCGUUCUCGCAUUAAUCCAAACCGAAUUCGAUGUUAUGGCCCAGGUGUUGAAUCCACUGGUGUGGUGUGUGGUGGCCCCACUAACUUUACAAUAGAAACAUUUGGUGCUGGUAAGGGAGAUAUCCAGGUCUUUGUGGAAAACCCUAGUGGUCAGAUAGAACCAGUAGAAAUCAAAUUCAAUGAAGAUCACAGCAUGACUUACACUGUAACAUACACAGCUAGAUUGGAGGGCCUUCAUAAAGUGAAAGUGACCUUUGCUAACAAGGAAGUACCUAAGAGUCCUUUCCUUGUGACUGUGGAAGGCUAUGCAGGUGACUCAAGGAAGGUAACUGCUUCUGGACCUGGUCUGGAACCUUCUGGUGUUAUGAUUGGUCGGCCUACAUACUUUGAUGUGUUUACUAAAGAUGCAGGUCGUGGCCAGGUGGAGGUCACCAUUGUUGAUUCUCACAGUAAUAAAAGCACCAUACCCUCAAGGUUACGGAAGAUUAAUGAAAAUGUGUAUCGGUGUGAGUACAUUAGUCAGGUGGUUGGAUCUAUAUUUGUCAACAUUUUCUUUGCUGGACAGCUGAUUCCUAAUAGCCCAUUUGGAGUAAUGGUGUCACCUGUGUGUGAUGCACGAAAAGUACGUGUGUCUGGAAGAGGUAUCCAACCCCGUGGUGUCCGUGUACAUGAUAUCGCAGACUUCAAAGUUUUUACAGAAAAUGCCGGUGAUGGGAACUUAGAGGUGAAAGUGACUGGAUCAGAUGGAGAUAAGGAACGUGUAGAGGUGAACAAAAUAGAUGACACAACCUAUGAAUGUAUUUACCGACCAAUGAAAGAAGGAUCUUUUGUAAUCACUAUUUCUUAUGGAGGACAGGAAGUAUCCCGCAGUCCAUUUGAAGUAAAUGUUGGACCAUAUAAAGAAUCAAAGAUCCGAGCAUAUGGACCAGGACUAAUCGGAGGUGUUGAGGGUUAUCCAACCUGUUUUACUGUGGAUACAAAUGGGGAAACUGGAUCACUUGGGUUUUCCAUUGAAGGUCCCUCUCAAGCUAAGAUUGAGUGUGAUGAUAAUGGAGAUGGUUCAGCAGAUGUGAAGUACUUUCCAACAGUUCCUGGUGAUUAUGCGGUCCACAUCUUGUGCAACAAUGAAGAUAUUCCUAAAUCUCCAUUUAUGGCUGUGAUUCUUCCCAAGACAGAUUACUUUCCAGAAAAAGUGGAAGCUUAUGGCCCAGGAAUUGAUAAAAAUGGUGUAGUACAGAAGAGACCAGUGGAGUUUACCGUAGAUACACGUAGAGCAGGAGGUCCUGCCCCACUUUGUGUGAAUGUUAUUGAUGAAAAAUACAAUCCAGUUGACUUGAACAUUCAAGAUAACAAGGAUGGUACUUACCACUGUAAUUACUGUCCAAAGGAAAACAACAAACACACCGUGGAAGUUACCUUUGGAGGUGUAGCUAUUCCUGGCAGUCCAUAUAGAGUUAUGGUUUCUGAACCAACAGACUCUUCCAAAGUCCAAGUGUUUGGCCCUGGGAUUGAAAGUGGUGUCACAGCUGAAACUCCUACACAUUUUAACGUAGAUGCAAGAGGUUGUGGUAAAGGAAACCUUCAAGUGGAAAUAAGUGAUGAUCGAAGUAAUCUGUUACCUCAUAAAGAUCUUGACAAUGGAGACAACACCUUCACAGUUGAUUAUAUUCCUUUUAAAUCUGGAAACCAUAAGAUCAAAGUUCAGUUUGCAGAGAAGGAAGUGCCAUCAAGUCCAUUCUAUGUAAAUGUCCAUCCAAAAGUAGAUGUCUCUAAAAUUAAGGUGGAUGGCUUGGAGCCAAGUGCUUUUGUUGAUUCACCUGUGGAAUUAUUUGUGGAUACACAAGCUAUUUCUAAGGACUAUGAUGCCGUAGUACGAUGCACCAUCACCACCCCAUCAAAAGCUUGCACUCAAUCCUUAGUACAGAACCUCAGUGAUGGAAUGUACAAAAUUUCGUACACCCCUGUAGAAUAAGGUUGUCAUAUUGUUGAUGUCUCGUACAAUGGAGUCACUAUCCCAAGAUGUCCAUAUAAAAUUAAUGUCACCAAAGGUUGUGAUCCAAAUAAAUGUCGUGCUUUUGGACCUGGUUUAAAGAAAGGAGUUGUUGAUGAGGUCAAUGUGUUCACAGUAGAGACGAAACAAGCAGGCACAGGAAGUCUAAGUAUGGCUAUAGAAGGUCCAUCAGAAGCCACAAUGACCUGCCAAGACAACAGAGAUGGCUCCUGCACAGUUGAGUAUACUCCAACAGAGCCUGGUGAUUAUGAUAUUUCAGUCAAGUUUGCUGACCAGUUUAUACCAGGAAGCCCAUUCAAAGUUCCUGUGGACUAUGAUUUGGAUGCAUCUAAGGUUCGAGCCUAUGGACCUGGAGUUGAGCCAGAACACUGUCGUGCUGGUCUGCCACUUCAGUUUACUGUGGAUACUAAGAAGUCAGCUAAAGCUCCACUGUUAGUGGAAGUACAGUCUGAGUAUGGCCCUGUACAAAAGAAACCUGAAAUCAAGGACAAAGGAGAUGGCACAUAUGAUGUGAUGUACUUCCCCUCACCAGAACAUAGCCUGUGUGACCUCAGAGUUACUUAUGGAGGUCAAGAUAUUGCUGGAAGUCCAUUCCAAAUGGAAGUCAAGCCAACCUAUGAACCAGAGAAGGUUAAGAUUUAUGGUCCUGGGGUUAGUCCCAAGGGUGUACCAGCAAGUCUACCUACAGAGUUUACCAUUGACAUUACUGAAGCAGGUUUUGCUGAGCCUGAGAUUUACUUGAAGGGACCAGACGGCAGACCAAGGAAAAGUAAACUUAACAACAAAAAUGAUGGAACAUACACUGUUAGCUAUGUACCUGAUGAACUAGGCCAGUAUCACAUUUCUAUCCAUUAUGGUGGUCAGGAAAUCUCUAAUUCUCCAUUUCUGGUCAACAGCUACCCAGUUGGUCAAGCUGAAAAAUGUCAAAUUACAGAGGGCAAGCUGGAAAGCCUAAUCAUUGGGGAAGAACAUUGUAUUACUGUAAAUACAGAACAUGCAGGGAAUGGAGCAAUCACUUGCCAGAUCUUAAGUAUCUCGGAGAUAAGAAGUGAUGUAGACAUUGAAGUAGAAGAUAACGGAGAUGGAACUUUUUCUGUUUACUACACUCUGAAAGAGACUGGACAGUAUACAAUCUGCAUUUUGUUUGGUGGUCAACCUGUUCCAGGUGGAGUUUACACUGUCACUGUUGUCUCAGAGGAGAUCCAAGAGAGGAAAUUUGUUGAUAGUUUUGAUAGCGUCCCGAGAAGUCAGUUUCUACCCUUAGAAUUUAAUACUAUUCCUGUACCUGCCUGUGAAGGACUGACAGCGGAAGUAAUCAUGCCAUCUGGAAAGUUUGAUAAGCCAGUUGUUAUUGACAACCAUGAUGGAACCAUCAGUUUGAAGUAUGAUCCAAAAGAAGAGGGUUCCCAUGAACUACAAAUUAAAUACAACAAGGAUCAUGUUCCAGGAAGUCCAUUUAAGUUCUAUGUUGAUACAGUCAGCAGUGGUUAUGUGACAGCUCAUGGUACUGGUCUAACCCGUGGUAUUGCUAGUGAACCAUGUAACUUCACCAUCUAUACUAAAGGUGCAGGAGCAGGAGGCUUGGCUGUAGCUGUUGAAGGGCCAUCCAAGGUGGAAAUCAAUUGUCAUGAUAACAAAGAUGGCACUGUAAGUGUUUCAUAUGUACCAGCUGCCCCAGGAGAAUACAAGGUUGCUGUGAAAUUUGCUGACAAGCACAUCAAAGGGAGCCCGUUUACUGCCAGAAUUACAGGUGAGGGUCGUAAACGUAACCAGAUUUCUGUUGGACACUCCAGUGAAGUCUCCUUAAAGGUGCAAGAAAAGGAUGUGAAGAGUCUGAAUGCUAGUAUUGUAGCACCAUCUGGACUGGAAGAACCAUGCUUUGUGAAGAAACUUCCUAAUGGCCAUCUAGGUAUAUCCUUCACACCCCGAGAGUCUGGAAAACAUGAGGUUAAUGUGAAACGACUUGGAAAACAUAUCACUGGAAGUCCAUUUCCUAUCAACGUCCUGGAGAAUGAAAUUGCUGAUGCAUCUAAUGUCCGAGUCAGUGGUACUGCUUUACAAGAAGGAACAAGUCAUAAAGAUAAUGAAAUUCUAAUUGACACAAAAGAAGCAGGUCUAGGAGGCCUUAGUUUCUCUGUGGAAGGGCCUAGCAAAGCUGAAAUCCAUUGUAAGGAUAAUGAAGAUGGUACUUUGAAAGUCAGUUAUCAUCCAUCUGAACCUGGUUAUUACAUUAUUAACAUAAAGUUUGCUGACCACCAUGUCAAGGGUCACCCUUUUACAGUCAAAGUGACAGGGGAAAGUUCAAACAUUCAACGAGAAUACAUCAAGAAGCAACGGGAUGCUGUGCCUGUUGCUGAUAUAGGCUCAGAAUGCAAGCUAACUGUUAAGUUGCCUGGUACAUCUGCUUUUGACAUGACAGCCAAGGUCAGUUCUCCCUCUGGUGUAACUGAUGAUGCCGAGAUUUUAGACAUGGAGGACUCCGUAUAUUCUGUCCACUUUAAACCUAAAGAGGUUGGUGUUCACAUAGUCAGUGUUCGUUACAAGGACAUUCACAUCCCUGGUUCACCUUUCCAAUUCACAGUUGGACCCUUACUCGACUUUGGAGCUCACAGAGUCCAUGCUGGAGGUAUUGGUUUGGAACGAGGCAUAGCAGGAGAUCCAUGUGAGUUUAAUGUUUGGACACGGGAAGCUGGUGCUGGAAGCCUUGCAGUCUCAGUAGAAGGCCCAUCAAAGGCAGAAAUUAAUUUCACAGAUCGAAAAGAUGGAUCAUGUUACAUAUCGUACAAAGUUCAAGAGCCAGGUGAUUAUCGAGUAGGCAUUAAAUUCAAUGAUCAGCCUAUCCCAGACAGUCCCUUCUCAGUUUACAUCUUACCCCAGUCAGGUGAUACUAAGAAGAUUGAGAUUGGAGAAGUUACAGAGGCUAAUCUUCAGGUUAACAAACCUGUGGCUUUCACAAUACAGAUGAAUGGGGCUAAAGGCAUGCUUGAUGGAAAAGUUGUUGCUCCUUCUGGCUCAGAGGAUGACUGUUUUGUAGCCCCAAUUGAUGAAGACCAGUGGGCUCUAAGGUUUGUACCCAAGGAGAAUGGAAUUCAUCAAGUCCAUAUUAGACACAAUGAAAUGCAUAUCCCACAAAGUCCUUUCCGCAUUCGUAUUGGUCAGGAUGAUGCUGAUCCUGCUGCAGUCCAUGCUGAUGGAAAUGGCCUGAAGGAAUGUAAAACAGGAACAAAGACUGAUUUCAUUGUUGACACCUGUAGUGCUGGUGCAGGAACUUUAGCAGUAACCAUUGAUGGACCAUCCAAGGUCUCAAUGGACUGUACUGAGGUAGAAGAAGGUUACAAAGUACGAUAUACUCCUUUAGUACCUGGAGAUUACUACGUUAUCAUAAAGUAUAAUGAUUACCACAUUGUAGGGAGUCCUUUCAAAGUUCAUUGCACUGGCAGUGCUGUUGCUGAUCAGGGAGAACAUGAAACAUCCUCAGUUGUUGUUGAAACUGUUUCUAAACAGGCUCGACAGAAAGCAGAAAAUAUACCUAAGUUCCACUCCAAUGCUUUAAAAGUGAACAGCAAAGGCAUGGGUCUGAAGAAAGCUUAUUUGAAUAAACAGAAUACUUUCACUGUGAACUGUGGAGAUGCGGGUAACAACCUUCUCUAUGUAGCUUUGCAUGGUCCCAAGGGUCCCUGUGAAGAAGUAUAUAUCAAGCACUUGGGUCGGAACAUGUACCAGAUAAACUAUGUCGUGAAGGAAAGAGGUGACUACAUUCUGUUUAUCAAGUAUGGAGAUGACCACAUCCCUGGUAGUCCCUUUAAGGUGGAAAGUUCAUGAGCUUUUAGAGUGCACAAACCAAGCACUGACCAUCACUUCCCAUUGUUUGUGCUGGCCAUUUUACCCAGCCCACCUACAAAAAAAAAUCAUUCUUUAACCUGUCAGUCCCUGUGGCAAAAAAGACAAAAUUUCUUCUAAUUAUGGCAUCAGUCUAAUUUUGGGGGAAAAAGUUAAUAGAGAAAAAUUUUGAAUUUUGAAUUAAAAAAAAAAAGAAUUCAAAUCACAGCAUUCUGAAACAAAUGGAAUGCUUGUUAAAAAUGUGUUAUUACCAUUGAUGUGAUUUCAUGUUAUUCCAUUUACAGUUGUUUUCCAUCCCUUAGAACCAAAACUUUCUUACUGUAAGAUUUUUUAGUUUUCUCAUUGCCAGUCAACAAUUAAAAGAAGAUUAAAAUCAAUAAUAGUUUAUUUAUGGUUAGUAUAACACUAAUGAUUCCUUUUUAGUAUCUAGAUUGACUAGACUUGUUUAUAUUUAUGACCUGUGAAAUAUUGUUUAGGAACAGAUUUUUAUAUGAAGAUAAUUUAAAUUAUGACAUACUGUGACUGGUAAUGAGUACUGAUUUGUUUUGUGUUGUAAAAUCUAUGAAUCAAUAUUUUGAAGAAUGGACUGGCAAGAAAUGAGAAUACUAUUAUUCUUACCUUAAGAGACUUCACUUAAGCUCGAAUUAUAAUUUAACACCUUUUCUUUUUAUCAUUGGGUUGUUACUAUGUGGUAAAUGGAUUUAGUUCUUGUUGUAAAUUUUGUAGUCUUGUUUUGAUAUUGUGUUUAAAAUUAGUAUUUUAAAAGAUUAUUUGUGUAUGUGUGUUUUGCCUAGUUUUGAAAAAAUGUUGCCUUCAACUUUUAAUAAAUAUAUUAUUUAUACUGAUGCUACUUUAAUCCACUUUUAGAUAUGUAAUUAUUAGCCAUCAAACACCUACUAGUGGUGCCUCUAUCAUUUUAUAUGGUAUAAGCUUACAAUCAAGAUUUUCUCACAGAAAGUAAUUCAAGGGGUAAAAAUCACUGAGAUAAUUUUGUUAAGAAAUAUGUCGUGAACAACACCAACGAAAAUUUCUUAUUACAAAUACUAAAAGAAAGACAGUAUAACAAUGCUGAGAGAACAUAGCAAUUAUUUAUAAGAUUGUCUAUGAAAAACUGAUGUCAUAUCAUUCCUCUAAUUUCAAAUUCCUAUGUGCCAACGUUUUUUCCCUCUCCUUAUAUAAUUUUUUCAAUAUUUACUAUAGUUUUCCUUUGGUUCAGGUUAUGAUGCUGUUCUAUGUUUCCUUCAACAUGUAAUAAAACAUAUUUUGUCACCAAAA